AUGUCGAAGCCAUCCAUACCCUUGGUGGCUCCGGUAUUCCCUGCAGGCCGCGAGCCUCUGCCACCCGGUCUUGCGGAAGAUGAUAGACCAGCCCUCGAUCAGCAACGGAAGAUGCAGGAGUAUAUGAGUAUGGGUGCCGAGAGUUGCGUCUUCAAAUGCGGGAUGGCGGGAGUCAUGGGAUUUGGUUUGGGCGCCUUCUUCUCCAUGAUGUCGACGAGCUUCGCGUAUGAGGACCCAUUGUCCCGAACGUGGCAGCAAGAAAAUAUGUCCACCCGUCAAAAGACGACACAGGUGUUCAAAGAUAUGGGAAAGGGGAUGUACAAGUCCGGGAAAGGUUUUGGGAAGGUUGGCGCGCUCUACUCUGGUGUAGAGUGUAUCAUUGAGGAAUGUUUUCCUUGUAAGUACCGGGCAAAAAACGAUAUAAAUAAUGCCUUGUCUGCUGGAUUUGUUUCUGGCGCCAUUCUGGCCCAUAACUCCGGCCCUAGAGCUGCUGUCGCCGGCGGGUUAGCUUUUGCUGCAUUUUCUGGAGCCAUAGAUCUAUUCAUGAGAAGAGAACCAGCCGAGUACGUCUCCGUUCGGUCCCACCCUCGGCAUUUCUAA